AUGAGCAUAAGUGAAUUCAUUGAAGAGCUAAAGUCUGGAGUCAACUAUAUGAAUAGGGAUAGUAUUCUAGAACAUUUGGUAUAUUCCGAAAACACUUCAAAGGAACUCUAUUAUCUUAUGAGAAAGGAGUAUUCCAAAAUGUCAUUUUGGGAAUUGGAGUCAGAAGUAGUUCUUUUAGGUUCCUACGAGGGACCUUGGGUUUGCUUAGGCGAUUUCAAUUUUACUAUAAGUGAUAGCAAAAUUUCAGGAGGAAAUAGAAGUGGCUCCUCAGCCAGCAAUUAUCUGAAGGAGUUGAUAUUUGAAUUUGGAGCUGUUGACUUGGGUUUCUCUGGAAACUCAUUCACAUGGGCUGGGGGCCGUUGGGGUAGCUCUGCUAUCAAAAGAAGAUUAGACAGGGGAAUUGCAAGCAUAUCCUGGAGAUUAGCCUUUCCAAAGGCAAGCAUCGCCCAUCUAGGUGCCAUUAAAUCUGAUCAUGCUCCAAUUCUUUUAGAUACCAAUCCUGAGGAUGGCUUUGCUCAUAGGCCAUUCCGCUUUGAAGCAGCAUGGGUGAGAGAUAAUUGA